AUUUUAACUAUAUAUGUUUAGAUUUGAAUCUAUAUUUGUGAUCUUCCACAUAUAUUUAUAAAGAAACACCAGUUUUUGCAGACUGUAAUUUGGAAGGUUGGCCCUGUAUGGAAGCUCUGAGGUGCAAAAUGCAACAGAAAAUAAAACUUUUGCAUUUUUCAAAUUGUGAACUAAACGCUGUCACUGAAACUGUUUUAACAAUUUCCUGAAAAUAACAACAAAGCAGGUAAUUACAAUAGCCAAAUCAUUGCAUCAAAGAAACAAGUUACAGAAAUGCAAACAUAAAAAAAGUACAAAAGUAGAAUGCACUUUGAUUCUCUGAACAAGUUCAGAUGUCAAUUUUUAUUGUGAUUUGUUUUUAAAUAUUUUUUUCAAAUGUGAUCUUUUUUAUUAAAGUGACAGUUUGUAUUUUUCCUGGCAAUAGGGAGCAGUGGAUAUCUAAAUCACUGCAAGCAAGCAGUAUUUUUGUGUUGGAGUAAGACCUUACCAGUGGAUGCCCAUUAGGGUCAAAAAGCCCUGGGGAGUGCAAACUUCAGCAAAAAUAACAAGCACAUCAGACUUCCUUUCAUCACUUGCAACAAGUGGAGAUAAAUGUGUAAAACAACAUUUAAGAAUGACAAAAGUUUCUUGACCGUUUGUUACAAAUCAGUAAAUGCAUUUUGUCCUCACAGGCUCCCGUAGAAGGAAACAUGGCAUCUAUGGUGUCGUCCAGAGACUUAGACCCGCUCCAGUGUAUUUUAGACCUGAUUUUUAUGGUUAUAUGUUACAAAGCCGCCAAUAUUUUUCAACAACUGGGCAUCAUUUCAUUCAUUUUCAACAACAUUUUGAUGGGUAUUUCCAGAAAUUAAUGGUAAAAACUACACAUUGUCUCUUUAAGUAUUUUGAAUGGUUUCUGUAAUGCUAAAGUGUUUUCUUCCAUAUAUACUCAUUUUAUUUUCUCAUUGAAUAAUGUCCAGUCAUCAAAAUUAACCUCUUGAAACUAAUCAGUGUCUAAGUCCAAUCUUGUGUUUUCACACAGCAGCAAAGAUUGUAUUCCCAACAUGAUUUUAAAAGAUGCAAACUUUUAACAGGGCUGUUUAUUACUGGUUUUUACUCCUUAUAAAAGGGUCAGUAAGGGUAAUAGAUAAAGAACAGCUCUGGCUCUAGAGGACCAUUCAGCAGCAUGUAGCUCAAUUUGCAGUUAAUUGCUUACCUUCCUGAUAAUACAGAGCUUUUGAGUGUGACCAGAAUUUGGAUUAAGUACAAAGAAAUUUUCAUCAGAAUCAUUUCACUCAGUAAUUUUUUUUGUCAAAUUUCAUCCCUGGUUGAAUAAUUGCUUAAAGAACAUUUUGUGUAAUAUUCAACCCACUAGUUUCUCCCCGUCUUUUAUUAAUUUUUUUUUAGUAAUUUAAUCUGCGGCUGGUAAUGAAAUCCUAGAGUUGUCUUCAGAAUCUGCAGUGGCAGCAAAAGCCUUCUGGGAUAUGUAGUGCAGCUCUAUUAAAUAGCUGUUGAUUAAAAUCAGGGCAUCAUAAAUCUGUGUGGAUUAAAAUCUCAGCUCUCAUCGUUAGAGAUGCGAUGCUUGGUUUAGUACGAUUGCAAGUGUCCCUUUUGCGUCCUAAUAUUCACCUGUUAAUAUCUAUAUUAUGGACAGGAGGGCCAGUGUAAGCUACAACUGUGAUAUGAACCUGAUGCUCCCACUCAUCACCCACUCAGUUAUUAGCUUCCGCAAAGUGCAUUGUGGGAGCUGGUGCAUAGGAGGAAGAGCUACCGCAGCAUCCAGGGGCCCAUCUGGGCAUUAUGCGCAUGAAGGCUCCGCCCCGUCGUAAGUUCCUACUCCGUCUGUCGAAGCAGCUCGGAGACACGGCAUGGCAGAAAUCUGUUCCUCCCCUUUCACAGUGGGGGAGGCCAUGUAGAUGGGGACUGGAUCUCCUCUUUUUUUUCUACUGUGUGUAUGUCAGAGUGGCCCUGUAAGCAUGGGUGACUCAAGGAUUGCAAGGACUGUCUUCACAUAUGCCAAGUGGAGUCCCAGCCUUGUGUGUGCACGCUCGUAGCUCUCUGUGUGACAAGCGUCACUCAUUUUAGAAGUUGCCAGCAGUCCUCUAUCCUCUUUGAAGAAGCUCCAUGUUGUCCUAGUCCCUCCCUCACUCCGGCCUCUGUGAUGUACUCUUUGACCUUGGCGAGAAUGAUCCAGUGGCAGAUUGCUACGUGGUAGGGGCACAGUAGCUAUUAUUUUGAGUCAGUGCCGGAUGGACUGCCAAUAUUUCUUCCAAACGGGAUGGGGGGGAGGUCAGCUGACUGAAAUCAAUUUCUGUUACAUGUUUUGCUGCAACUCUUAAAAGCAGAUUGAUGGCAAAGACGUACUGCUGGCAGUAUUUCUCUUUUGUUUUCCUGCUAUCUCAAGAUGCCCUGGCCUUUGAGAAAAUUUAAAAGGAAAUAGAAAAAAAGCAACAGGUAAGCACGCAGAGAGAGCAUGCACUCACUGCUGAUCGUGGUUUUAGCAGACAACAAAGAAGACUAAGUCAAAAGGAUUUAGAUGGACGACUGGAUUUCAUUUAGGCUCAAACUGGUCACAAACCAUUGUACUUGACAAAAGAAGACUAGUAUUAAAGUUAGCCACUCUUUUGUAGCCUUACUCAUGCUUUGUCUUGCCUUUGAGUGAUAAGCACUCCCCUCAAUCCCCAUCCAAAUGUUACAUGUUAGUGCAAGUAAAGGUGGCAGAUAAAAGGCAAAACACACUGGUGGCAUCGGAGGCGGGUCAAAAGAUAAACUAUUCUGCUUUUAUAGUGGUGCAGUCUGUUCAUAUGAAUUAGAUUAGGUUUAAUUACAUGUUGUCUGUUUAUAAUUUUAUCUUCAAUUUGCUUGAUAAUGGAUAUUUAUAAGGUGGUCUUUAUUAAUUCCUUGCGAUAAAAUUUUUGAUCUUAGAAGUUAUACUUGGAAUGAUUUUAAGCUUUGCAUGAUCAGAAAAGAUCUGCUAUAAAAAUGUGCUCUCAAGACGAAGCCUUUUGAUGAUCUAAAUGUGUAUUUCUGGAGUUAAUUAUCCAAAAAAUACAACUAAAGCUUACUGGAAUGGACAUUUUCAGCUCUAUUUGAUUAGCCACUCUGUGGCCUUCCUGGUGUUUUUUCAGUGUUCAAAAUUUAGUGUUUUUCCCAACUUAAUUGUGUUAAAUAAUCACAAUUUCUGUACUGACCUAAACAAUUGUGGUUAUGGUUGUAUUCCCUAAUUGAACAGCUCUAGAUGGGUGAUCGAUUGGCAUCGUUAAAUAAACAUUAGUUAAAUGGACACAAAUGCAGCCAAGGUGUUGGAGCGGCUUUAGAGAAGUGGUUUGAAAGAAAACUUUUGGUAGUUUUCUGAUUUACACUAAAGUCUGUCGUGAUUAUAGAAUAGCUCUAAGAACUUCAUUCACUUUUUAGUUCUACUGGUUUCUCCCCCCUCUUUUCUCCGCAGACCAACUUGUUAAAGAAUUUGGGAGCAGGCCCCGAGAUGAUGAGCCUCCAUGUUGCUGGAUGGAGAUAAUAGAGUUGAUGAUAAAGCAGACAAGCAUGUGGUGAAUGGGAAUCCCACCGUGGAGCCUUUUCCAGAUGGAACGGAAACCAUUGUAUUUGGAAUGGGCUGCUUCUGGGGAGCUGAGAGACUCUUCUGGAGGCUCCCAGGGGUCUUCUCCACACAAGUGGGCUAUGCCGGUGGAUUCACACCCAACCCCACCUAUGAAGAGGUCUGCUCAGGUCUGACGGGCCACACCGAGGUGGUGAGGGUGGUCUUCUUCCCUCAGGACAUCAGCCUCGAGGAGCUGCUUGGACGCUUUUGGGAGAACCACGAUCCUACACAAGGUAUGAGGCAGCAGAAUGACCGUGGUACACAGUAUCGUUCAGCCAUUUAUACAUCCAACCCUACUCAACAGGAAGUGGCUCUGAUGAGUAAAGUGGUCUUCCAGCAGGAGCUGGAUAAGAAGGGGUACGGUCCGAUCUCAACGGAGAUCCUGGAGGGGCAGCAGUUUUAUUACGCAGAGGAUUAUCAUCAGCAGUAUCUGAAAAAGGUUCCUAAUGGCUACUGCGGCCUGAAAGGCACCGGGGCGUCCUGUCCCAUCAGAGGCAAGAAAGAUGAGCUAUAAGCUUUCUGAUCCCCUUAAAUAACAAACAUCUACGUACAUCUACAAAGUCAAAGGAAUAUUUAGACUUUUUAUAUCUGUUACAAGCGUUUUUGCAGACAUGAGUAAAUGUCUGUUUUACCAGUGAAAUGAGUGCUUGAAGCUGAAAUUAUUUAUAUUUGAAAACCUUUAGCGUGUGUUCAUCGUAGAAGCGGCUGGAAAGUCCUGGAAACGCACCUUGAAUGUGCUUGAAUUUGACUUCAGUAAAAGUGUGGGAACCCUGUAGUUGUGAUAUUUUUAAAGCUUUUUGUAAACUGAAUAAUUUUAAACAUCAGUCAUAAAUCUGAGUGUAAAAUGGAAAUAAUCAGUUCUAUUAGUAGGUGACAGUAUAUACCUACAUAAAAAUAAUAAUACAUAAUAUAAAAAUG